AUGGCUCAAGCCACAAGUAAGAGCGACUUGUCGGCCGCCACAACGUCUGUCAAAAUACAACUGGAUGAGGGAGAAUUAACUGCUGGUUUCAGCUUCAAGGAGGCCAUCGCAGAGUUUCUAAACAAGAACCUGAACAAGGACGCGCUCAAAAGUUUCGAAGCGAGGGUGGAGAUCCUCAGGAAAAGCUCUUUUUUUAUCACUAUCCAACCUAAGAAAAUAUUACUUAGUCAGCAAAACACCAUGCAUUAUGUCAACAUAUUUCAGGUUGUAGACCCUCAGAGAUUCCAACGUAUGAAAACAAUAGGUACCAACCAGACCAAGAUUCAGCUGUUUAUCCUUCAAGAAUAUUUGGAACAACUGAAGAACUGCCAAAGGGAACUGGUGGAGCUGGUUCAGUCGAAAAACGGGGAGUUCUCACUGGCAAUUCAGAAGGACCCCGUUCAAUAUCUAUCAGAGUUAUCGGAAUUACUCAACAACUUUAAGAACAUGUUAACGCCUGGACCGCUCCACCUAAAACACCAGCUCAUACCACAUGUGCCAGUCCGCCAAAUCCCCCCACUGCGGCUGAUCUUGAAAACCAAAGGACCGGUGACGUUUGACCGGAAGGUGGCAACGGCUUUUGACAACUGGGCUUUUCUGAGCUGGCACGUUUGCGGACAGCGACACCUGACAGACAGUUACGAACUGUGCUUCCAGCAGCUAAACGUACCCUCAAACGAGGUGGCGCACAGUGGCAUACACAUUAUCAGUAGCAACACCUUUAAGAUCUACAAUCUCUUGCCAGAGAAGUUGUAUGAGUUUUCCAUACGGAGGACCGAGGCGUUCAACCUAGUGUACGAUGAGUGGCGUGAUGUCAUUACACUGAGCACAGGGGAAAACUCGGCAUGUAAUUUGGCAAAGUCUCAAGCAUUUGGCGACUACCAAUUCUAA